GUAUUCUUGCACAUUGCAGUGGCACCGAGAUUAUAUCAUCUUGCGCCAUUUCAAUGGAGGCAACAAUAUCUUAGAUUGAGGAAGGAAGAUUCUGAUCUGCCAAUAUUUGAUUUUUCAAUCAUUGUUAAGGCAACUGAUAGUUUUGCUAGCAGAAAUAAACUCGGGGAUAGUUUUGCUAGCAGAAAUAUUCCAUGGACAUGUUAAUUUUCUAAAAGAUUUUUUAGUAAAUAUAUAUUCCAAACGAUGGUUUCAGGGUACCCUGAUAGAUGGAAAAGAGGUAGCCAUAAAGCGGAACUCAAAGAUGUCUGAUCAAGGGUCGGAGGAAUUUAAAAACGAAGUUUUGUUGAUUGCAAAACUUCAACAUGGUAAUCUUGUGAAGCUUCUUGGUUGUUGUAUUCAUAGAGAGGAAACAUUGUUGAUCUACGAAUACUUGCCCAACAGGAGCUUAGACUACUUCAUCUUUGAUGAAACUAGAAGCAAACUCUUGGCGUGGUCAAAGCGUUCCGAUAUUAUUGCUGGCAUUGCUAGAGGACUUCUUUAUCUCCACCAAGAUUCUAGACUUAGAAUUAUUCACAGAGAUUUGAAGUUAAGCAAUAUCUUGCUAGAUGCCCAUAUGAAUCCAAAAAUCUCAGAUUUUGGUCUGGCUCGGGAAUUUUGCGGCGAUCAAGUUGAAGCCAGAACAAGAAAAUUGGUUGGAACAUAUGGCUACAUGCCUCUAGAGUAUGCUAUGCAUGGCCGUUACUCCAUGAAAUCAGAUGUAUUUAGUUUUGGAGUAAUAGUAUUGGAGAUAAUUAGCGGAAAAAAGUUUAAGGUGUUUUAUUACUCAGAACACUCACUCAACCUUCUUGGACAUGCAUGGAGACUGUGGAUUGAAAACAUGGUACUGGAACUAGUUGAUCCACAUGUAAUUGAGACAAUCCUUUCUUCUGAAAUAUUAAGAUAUAUGCAUGUUGGAUUGUUGUGCGUACAAGAAAAACCAGGAGAUAGACCAGACAUGUCAUCUGUAAUUCUUAUGCUGAAUGGUGAGAAAUUAUUGUCUCAACCGAAAGCUCCGGGAUUUUAUACUGGUACGAGCUUACCUGAACCAAUAUCGCCAUCUUCAAAUCAGAUGUCAAUUACAAUUCUUGAGGCAAGAUAGAAUAUGAAGUUUCAAACCAAUGAAUGUUUAU